AUGUCAAAUUUGUCAGAGAUAAUCAACACCCAAAACAAGCUUGAAGAAAGUAUCUCGAAGAGAUUUGAUGAUCUCCAAGCUCAAAUCACUAAUGCCGGGUCCUCAAAAGAUACGGUAGCGAAGGUUGCUGAAGAGCUCCGGAACUUCAGGGAGCUAAUUUUUGGCAUUCUCAGUCUUCUUCCCCAACAAAUAAGUGCACCCAGUAAAGAGCACCACCGACCCGUCUUGGUCAGGUUCACCAGCAUGGACUCUAGAAUGUUUGUUUGGAAGGCUAAAACAAAGCUGAAGGGCUCCCCAAUAGCCCUGAAGGAGUUCUUGACGAGAGUAAGGCAAGCAGUCUUCACCAAAGCUCGUCUUCAUUUCGGAAUGCGCUCUGUCUGGACACAGAGUGGUGUUAUAUUCAUUAAAACUGCUUGCGGGAGUAACUAUAAAGUCACCACAGAAGAAGAGCUGGUCCCUCUCAUCGUCAAGUACCCGAAGUCACUGGGCAAGUCUUCUUCAAAGGAUAACAACUCGGGUAGUAGAUCU